UUUUUGGUGUGUGUGUGUUGUGUUCUUUCUCCAAAACCUAGCAUCCAUCGGGCUAGCUACUGUGGUUGGCUGACGUGCGCGCGUGUGUGUACGUUGCGUGUGUAGCCUGCGACCGCAGCACAGCUGAGGUGUCCGCGCGUCUGCUUUCGUUCAAGUACCGCACAUACUUGAGUUAUCGCACAGGGGUGUGCGUUGAAAUUCUUGAUAAUAUCGCCUCCAGGGUUUACUCAGGACCGCACAGACUGGAGUCAUCGCACAGCGGUGGGCACACUUUCUCCUCGCCCCCCUUAUCCGCCUCAGUAACAGCCCUCCCCCCUCCUUAUUCGUGUUUUGUGCUAUUGCGAAGACGUCGGGGUGAUGUCGGCGGCAAUUCUGGACAUCGAGGAGGACAUGGGCCUUUCCCCCCUACAGGCCGAGGUUUUGGUGGGAUCGCUCAACGUCAUCGCCGCGUUCGGUGGGCUCAUUGCAGGCAAGGCCUCCGACGCCCUCGGCCGGAAGACGGCCAUCGCGAUAGCGUGCGGCAUUUUCAUCACGGGGGCCGGGGGCAUGACGCUGUCGAUGACGUACGCCCAGCUCCUGACGGGGCGGCUCCUGACGGGGCUAGGGGUGGGGUGCGGGUUCGUUGUGGCCCCCGUGUACAUCACGGAGAUCACGCCCCCGCACAUCCGAGGGAAGCUGGUGGCGCUCACGGACAUCAUGAUCAACAUCGGGAUCUUGCUCGGGUACAUCACCGGGUUCGCGUGCCAGGAGCUGAUCCCCCCCGUGUGGCUCAAGUGGAGAGUAAUGCUCGGCCUCGGGAUCUUGCCUCCAGCGGUCAUCGUCAUCAGCCUCACGUUCCUGCCGGAGUCGCCGAGGUGGCUGAUCUCCAGGGGGCGUAUCAGGGAGGGCUACCAGGUGCUCGGAAGGGUGAUUGACGACCCCAUCGAAGCCAAGGAAACCCUGAAGCCCUCCCCCCUCCUUAUUCGUGUUUUGUGCUAUUGCGAAGACGUCGGGGUGAUGUCGGCGGCAAUUCUGGACAUCGAGGAGGACAUGGGCCUUUCCCCCCUACAGGCCGAGGUUUUGGUGGGAUCGCUCAACGUCAUCGCCGCGUUCGGUGGGCUCAUUGCAGGCAAGGCCUCCGACGCCCUCGGCCGGAAGACGGCCAUCGCGAUAGCGUGCGGCAUUUUCAUCACGGGGGCCGGGGGCAUGACGCUGUCGAUGACGUACGCCCAGCUCCUGACGGGGCGGCUCCUGACGGGGCUAGGGGUGGGGUGCGGGUUCGUUGUGGCCCCCGUGUACAUCACGGAGAUCACGCCCCCGCACAUCCGAGGGAAGCUGGUGGCGCUCACGGACAUCAUGAUCAACAUCGGGAUCUUGCUCGGGUACAUCACCGGGUUCGCGUGCCAGGAGCUGAUCCCCCCCGUGUGGCUCAAGUGGAGAGUAAUGCUCGGCCUCGGGAUCUUGCCUCCAGCGGUCAUCGUCAUCAGCCUCACGUUCCUGCCGGAGUCGCCGAGGUGGCUGAUCUCCAGGGGGCGUAUCAGGGAGGGCUACCAGGUGCUCGGAAGGGUGAUUGACGACCCCAUCGAAGCCAAGGAAACCCUGAAGGCCAUCGUCAAGUCUGUGCAGUCCCACGGCAACGCCGCGAACGGGGGUGACAACAACGAAGAGCCCGGGUGGAUGGAAGUCCUGUGGCCGAGAGCUGAUCUCAAUUUUUCCCUCUCUCGCUCUCUUUCGACGUGUGCGUACCAUGGCGAUAACACGCGUCGCCCAACACGAUCCGUUCUCCGCACCGCCGCGGCUGUUGACGCCAGCGAUAAGGUUGUCAGGGCAGCGUUGUUCGUGGGGCUGGGGCUAGGGUUUUGGCAGCAGGCCAGCGGCUCGGAGGCGGCGGUGUACUACUCUCCCCACGUGCUGGAGGCGGCGGGCAUGACGUCACGAGGGCUGCUGCUGGCGGGGACCUGCAUGGUGGGAGUGUUCAAGCUGCUGGGAGAAGUCUUGGCGGCGGUGCUGAUCGAGAGAGUCGGUCGACGGCCCUUGUUCUUGUUGAGCUCGAUCACGAGCACGUUGACUCUCCUCCUCAUCGCCCAGUCCUUCUUCAUGGAAUGGAGCGCGGUACCCACCCUUGUGGUGCUGUGCGCCUUCAUGUUCUGCUUCAGCAUCGGCUUGGGACCGCUCACCUUUGUCGUGGCGGCGGAGGUGCUCUACCGACCUGGGUAA